UAUUUUCUCCCAUUAAAGGGGUGGGUUUUUCACUUUCUCAGUCCACUGAUGAGCCGAAUUUUUCAUUUUCAUGAAGUCCAACUUAGGCAUUUUUGUUUUCUGUUCAGCUGCUGGAAGGUAAGGGCAUGGGGUGGGCUGAUACCCCGGGCACACGGGGCUCGGCAUCCAGUGGAUGAGGAAAGCCUGUAAGACCAACGUCCAGAGUCCUCCUGGGAGCGGAAGGACACAGGAUUGAGCAGAUGAUUCCAUCCUGGUCCCACUUUCCUGCAGGGCAGUCGGGGCGCGUCGCACCACAGGUGAUUCUGACGGCCAUCUGGGAAGCGGCUGUCAAGAUCCCGCUACUCUUCUUGGUCCUCAUCGCCCUCCUAGUGACGUCCCGCAGGAGGAAGGCAGCCAGGCCUGCAGGGGGCGUGUCAGAUGCAAACGCCAGGCCGGCAGGGGGCGCGUCUAUUGCAAGCGCCAUUCCAGGUUACCCCUCUGGUCGUUCCAGCAGCCUCCUCUCUUCCCUGGGUCUCUGAGCCCACCCACCUCCUGCCUCCAUCUCCCUGGGAAACACAGCCUCCGCACUGUUCGCAGAGACCGUUACCAUCCUCUUGCUGCACAGCAGGGACAGCUGUGUUUCCUCUCCACGGCCAGAGACCAAGGUGCACACACCACUGGCUGGAGUUGCAGCCCUGGCGGGCUCUGCCCUGCUGGACUCUCCACCCACAUCCCUCCUCUCCCUGCAUCUCCCCACGUCUCCACACCCAGCCUGGCCUGACCUCUGUGACUCUGAGACUUUGUAUGUGCAGUCCCUCCCCUGAAACAUCCUUCCCUCCCCAUUCCUGCCUCUCCAAGUCCUGAGAAUAUCCUCAGGCUCAGGCUUAAAUGUCCCCGCGUGUGUGU